GAUACGAACCACACAAGAAGAACCAACUUGUUGCCCCAUCUAUCAGCAUCACGAGAAUGAAAUAAUAGAAACAAGCGAUGCAACAGAUGAACGCAGUCCACUCUCUCCAUAUCAACAUCACUUUGGAAAAUACACAUACAAAAAAUGACCUCUACGACGCAGCAGAGCAGAACUCUCACCUGUGAUUAGGAUUUUUUUCAUCUCUCGAUAGGCAUGGCUAAUUUCAUAAUCUACUAUGUUCCUACUCGGCAUUUGCUUUAGAGUUGCUCUACGAGUGUUGAGAGAAUCAUGUUUGUUCCUCCCUCGACCCGGUUGAGCUCAACUACCAAAAGAUUAGGGACAUCGAUGGACAUCUCGCUUUCUUACAUCGCUCGUGAAGUAUUUUUUUCAACUAUCUAAGGUCUACAUGCAUAUUCCUUCGUGCUCGUUUCCCUGUAAAGCUGUUUCUGUCGCUUGAUAUCUCCUCGCUUUUUUUGAGAACGAGUGUUUACGAGAGAUGAUUGCAUGUGUCAUGUUACGCGCCUCUUUCUGCUUGUGUCCUUCUUACUUAAUAGCUACGUUUUUGAACCUUAUGGCCUUUUGAAUAAGGCCAUUGUUGGUUCUUUGGGGUUGGAUGCGAUUCAUUGGCUGUAGGUCCUGGUAAGGUGGACCGGUGCCCGUGGUCUUGGCAGGAAGGGUUGACUAUAGUCAAUGCGAGCGCCCACCUUCCCAGUGUUCCCCCACCAUGGAACGUGGGGGGAGGGGUGGGACGCCAAGGGCAGAAGCGUCUUUUUUACUAAUUAUCAUGUUACAGUUUUUAUCUACUGGUUCGCGCUCGUCUUUCCUCUUCUACUCCCUGACUGACACAUACGAGUGUUGAGCGAGCGUCUAGUCAUACUUCCUCCUUCGAGC